AUGGCAGCUUUCUUCUCGUCGUAUCGGAGUUUUGAGAAGUACCUCAGGGAUUACGAGGAAGAAACCAUAACUAAGUUUACAGUCUUAACUAAAGACCACAGUUUUGGUCAGGAUGAUCCAAAAGCAGGUCUGAAAAAGAUAAUGUGGGAGUUAAAAUAUGUGCCAUUUGAUGGGACACCCUUUGAGGUAGUUGGGAGGAAGAUCUAUUCCUGCCAUCAAGGAAUAGAUAAACAUAAAAAAGAGAAGCAGGCCAGACAACAAAAACUGCUUGAUGACCAAGCAGACCACAAUUACAGAGAGACGCGGUGUCUUGUGCAAGACACCAAAAAACUUGACUGUCCAGCAAAGGUCAAUGUUUUCCACAUUAUCAGGUUCCUUGACUACAAGGUAUUUACCGAGGUAUUAGACAAGAAUAAAGUGCUGUGUGUUUGCGCUUUACAGACAGACCCGUCAGCAGUACAUUUUGAGGAGCAAUAUGUGGCUUGCUUCCCAAAUGUUGAGGAGCAUGAGAACCAUCCUGUGGUAGGACAGGUCACUGAAGUCCGUGAGCCAGUGGAUCCUAGGGUGGAGAGGUACAUUGAGCAUUUAGCUUUGGCUGGUGUUAGAACAGUGAGUGAAGUUAGGAGACACUCCCCCUCCACAAACAAGGAGUCCUACCACGACCAUUACGAGGACUUCCCAGCCUGGAUCGGCCUCAAGGCAGAUGCCAAUGGAGCCUUUGAGUGGACUGAUGGUUCUGUCUAG